AUGCGAAGCGAUCUCCGCUGGACCUGUGACCUGGGUCCACAGCACUCUGGUGCGACACAGAUCGAUGCUGGACAGGGACAAGUUGUGAUGACAAACGACAACUCUGAAGUGUUUUUUCUGAUUGAAUCGACAUGGACCAAACUGAGUUCAGUCCCCCUCAAACACAUCUCAGUGGGACCUGCAGGAAUCUGGGGAGUCGACAGUUCAGAAAAAGUCUACAAAUAUGUAGCUGGCGAUUUCAUUCUAAUGAGUGGCCAGAGCUUGAUUCAGCUGGAUGCAGGAGGUGAAGGGCAGGUGGUUGGAGUCAACAGCUCUGCUUCCACUCACUGUCUGAAGAGUAGCUUUGCUUCAGCCUUCAACCAAGUUGGCUCUGUGAGCUGGGACAGUAUUGAGAUAACACGGCUUUAUAUCAGUUGCAACUCACAUGGAUGCUGGACAGUGAUGCCAUCCCACAAAAUCUUCUUUAUGAAAAUUAAGCCCGAUUCUUGUGAGACGACCGACUGGACGGUCAUAAACGGAGCAGCAUCGAUUGUUGAAGCUGGGACAGAUGGAUCUGUCUUUAUGAUAAACAAAGAGGGCCAGCUCUUUGAGAGAACUGGAAUCUCCUCUGCUUAUCCAAUGGGAACUGGUUGGAGUCUAAUACCACUGACUAGCAACAUGAGACACAUCAGCUAUGACCAGGGCGUCCUGUGGGCCAUAAAUGACAUUGGUGCCAUCCUGAAGUGCACAAAAGAAGACUGGCUGCAGUCCCAGAAACCAGACCCCAGCCACCACCCCAGCCACCGGGAGCCGGGAACCCUGGCAGCAAACCUGAUGGAUCAUGAUUCUGUUCACAAGAUGAAGGAGGUCAGAGAGGAAGCCCGGGCCUUAGGAAUCCCUCAAAUAGCUAUCCUCACCAAAAUUGAUCAAGCCUGUCCUGAGGUCAAACAAGAUGUCAAGAAUGUCUACAAGAGCAGGUACCUGAAAGAGCAGGUGGAAAAACUGAGUGCCACCCUGGGGAUUCCUAUAAACUGCAUCUUCUUGGUGAAGAAUUACAGCACAGAGACCGAAACAGAUGAGAAUACUGACACACUGAUACUGAACACAGUGAGAAAGAUCAUUGACUAUGGAGAAGACUUCCUCAAUGACAACUGUUAG